GUACAUUCGGGCUCCCUUGUCUGCCUUGCCGCGCCCUGUUUUCGCCCCUGCUUGUCAUACUGUCGCCCGGCCAUUGCUUUGCUGCAUACUGUUGCAUUUUCUCUAUGUUGCAUUUGGUGCUCAUCCGUGGACGCUGGUCAUCUUCCUGCAGGUGCGGUGCGGCUCUGCAUCGCGAGCGAGUGUGGCGUUGUGGUGUGUCUGUGUGGUGCUAUCGCCUGGCCGGGCGCCCGGAGCGUGAGGAAUGCGCAUCAGCAAACUUCCAGCCAGCCAGCAACUUGUCGGUACAGUAACUCCGGCGUUCGACCAGCCAUGCACUCCUGCUCUGCCGCUGCAAACUGUUUGCUGUCUGCUUGGGGUACGGGCGUCAGCUGCACCCUAUGGGACCUCGCCAACCUGCCUGAACCCUGUCCCAUCACACACCCCGGCCACAAACACACAGGAGUUCCUGCGGAAGGUUGCCGCGGCGCACCGUGGCGAUGGCGCGGGCGAGGCGGGCCCCGCCCACUACUAUGUGGAGCGCGUGUAUGCGGACGCCUCGCUCGACCAGUCCUGCAGCUGCUGGCUUGCUGAUUUCCACCCUCAUCUGUCAACCCAUGUCGGUGCUCCAACCCCACCCCUUUUCCAAAAAAUUCAUUUGCUUCUCACUUACAGUAGUGCUCGUCAAGCUAGCAGUGAUGUAAGAAAUGCACAUCCUGGCCCUUUUAUCAGCAGCUUUGGCUGUCGUUGCUCAUGUAGUCGCACAAGAUUCCAUACUGCAAGGUAGCAUAGACUUCGCGACAAUCGGCCAACAAAAAUGCGGGACUAGCAGUUUGUGGAACUACUUGACGUUGAAUCCCUUCGUGCGGACGGCCGGCAAAUACAAGGAGUCGUUCCAGUUCCAACGGGACCUGCCGAACCAGGCGCGAUGUGACAGCAGCCUGGAGCGCUAUCUGGAGCGCUCGGCGGAGGCCCGGGCAGCUGCGGUUGCGGAGGGGCUGCCGGCCUCUACCGUUCGGGUCGGCGACUGGUCCGCCACGCAUCUCAGCUGCGCGUGCUGCCCCAUGCUGUUCCGCACCCUCAACCCAGACAUGCGUUUUGUUGUCAUGCUGCGUGACCCGGUGCAAAGGUCCGUGUCGCGCUUUUUGGAGCAGCAGCAAUUGCAGAGGGGACCGCAGCACGCUGAGGUAAAGGACACGACCUUUGCCGCAUACGUUUUCGCGGAAAUAAACCGCACGCAGCACUGUCUGAGUAACGCGGCGAGCUUCAGCCAACGCCAACGGCGAGUGGCGGCUGCUCGGCCCGCGCCACCGACUGCCGCCACUGCUGCUGCAAACAGCCAGGCAGGGCUAGAAGAGGCUGCACCUACUGAGUCAAGCCGGGGAGUUGUGCUGCAUGCCGGGAUGGCGACAGGCCCACCUACAUUGGGCGCUCCUCUUGCGCAGACCAGCAGCCAGCUGAUGACAGCGGGCAUGGAUAUCCAGUGGCAUCGCAGGAGCAACCACCAACGGAAUCAGCGGCGCCGGCAGCGAACGUUGCAGGCCAGCGGCAGCAUAGGCGCUAAGGGACCCCAGGCACACGCGAACAAGUUUGGGGGUGCGCAAGGCCUACGCCCGCGCGCACAGGUUACUGUAGAGACAGCAGUGACGUUGGCCCAUGGCGAUGGCAGGCGGCUACAUGGUGAUACAAACACAGUCAGCAGUAGCAGUAGCAGCAGUAGCAGCAGCAGCUCCCAACACGGCAUGGAGCAGUUCCUGGGCUGGGGUCCAGACAUGCCGCUGUCGGACAUGAUGCGGCGGCAGUGCUACCAGCGCUCCAGCAUUCUGGGCUGGAGCGUUUACGACGUGUUCCUGGAAAACUACUUCGCGUCCUUCCCGCCGCAGCAGCUGCUGGUGCAGUACACGGAGGACCUGGAGGCACAGCCGCUGGAGGUGCUGCAGCGCGUGGAGGCGCACAUAGGGGUGCCGCACCACGACUAUAACCAGACGCAGAUUGCCACCGUGUACAACGCCCGCGGCUGCUACAAAUGGCGCUGUGGGAAGACCGAGUCCGAUGUGCCAAAAAUGCAAGGCACGGCCCUGGGCACCAGUGAGGCAGAAUUUGAAGCCGCAGUCCAGAGGCUGGUGGCUUAUCUGCGCCCGCACAUGCACCGACUGUUUCGUUGGGCGGACGAGGGGCGCAUAUCCCAGGUGCCUCAGCCCUGGCGCCACCUGUACGCGUAGGGGCCUUGCAUCAGUACGUACUGGGUGGCCCCUGGACAAGGGUACCCCUGGGGUUGACGCUGUGGACGUUUAGCAGUACUGAGCAAGUGGUCGCGAACGUGAACUGAAGUAGGUCAUCAGAUACUGUGAUUAAUGCGACUGGAGCAAGACGGAGCAAGGGAGGAUGUUGCCAGGAUUUAAGGAUGGGCGGACCAGUUGUGGGCAAAGGCAAGCGCCGGAGCUAUCAACUCAAUCCAAGAUUACACCAUAAUGAUGCAGCAAUCGCCUGCCAUUGAACGUUGCCCAAACCGCCUGCGCGCUAAUGGACAGCUGGACUCCUGCCAUCGACGCACUGUUAUGCUCUCAUGCUCC